AUGUCUUUCAAGGAAUGGUGCGAUAGUAGAGCCUGGCCGUUGAAGGAAGAAUCUUGGCGGGCUCUGUUCUGGCAGUUGUUAUGGGGUAUUUGGUUACGACGGAAUGCAUGGGUAUUUAACCAAACACGUAUAGAGGUGCAGGAUGUGAUUGAGAGGGAUGUUCGAGGCUCGCUUGAGUAUAGGUACGCCCAAGAGUGCAUGAGAAUGGGUGGGAGAACUGAAAAAGGAAGCAAGUCGUGGCAAAGGCCUCCACGGGGGAGAUGCAAAGUGAAUGUGGACGCGGCAGUAUGUGAUAAUGGUCAGAUUGGGUGUGGAGGUGUAGUAAGGGAAGCGACGGGGGACGUGUUGGUGGCUUGCUGUGGGAAGAUGGAAGGUGAUUAUGAGGCGGAUGUUGCUGAGGCUCUCGCUGCAAGGUUUGUCUUAAAACUUGUGUGGGAGGCGGGUAUUCGGCACAUUAUAAUGGAGAGUGACUGUCUAAAACUCGUAGCCCAUUUGAAGAAUGCAAAAGUGGAGACAACCAGCUUUGGUAACCUUGUCUCCGAUUUAUUGGUUUUAGUUUCAAGCUUUAGUAGUGUUUCCUUUUCGCAUGUAUGUAGGGAUUGGAACAAGGUUGCACACAACCUUGUUCAGUUGAGUCGUUCUUUUACGGAAACAAGAGUAUGGAUAGAAGAGGUCCCGAGGGAGGUUCAAACUUUUGUAAGCUCGGAUUUGUGCUUGGUUGAAUGA